UGUUCCCUUAUUUUUCAACAGGCGGAGUUCAGACGCCUUGUUGUCCUCGGAAGGACCCCUCGUUAUUCAAACAUGGCGGCGUCCAUACGGGUGUGCUGUGCCCUCCGCAUUACACUUGGAGGUGCAGCACCCCUCCGUAUUGCAGGGGGAGCCAUUCAGGUGUCCCACUUUGCCAGCAGAGCCUCAGCUGCCUCUCUCCACAGACAGCCUGCGCUUCCUCUGUUCCCUUCAACAUCAUGGCAGCAAACCAGACACGGCAGCUUCUUCAACAAGUUGACGGCGGAGCAGCUCUGGAAAGGUGUGUUGGCGGAGUCCGGGAGCAGCGGCAGGAAGGGCCGUGGGAAGCGAACCAAACGUAAAUUGAAGAGAGAUCUGAACCGAGGACAGAACAUCGGAGAAGGUCGUGGUGGUUUUCUGUGGCCUGGUCUAAACACUGCAGUGAUGAAGGAUGGUGCUUUGCAGCGCAUAACUAAAAGAGGAGAGGCUGAGCAACAGGAGGUUCAGGCUGGACUUGUGCGCAUGAGGGAUGAGUGGGAGAAGCGCAAGAAAGCGAAGGUGAAGAGGGAGAGAGGGUGGACGGGACACUCCUGGGGGGGCGUCAGCCUGGGCCCCCCCGACCCUGGACCCAAUGGAGAAACUUACGACUUUGAUUCGCGUGUCAUUGAGCUCAAGAGUGUGUUCAACAUGACGGCCAAGGAGGGCAGGAAGAGGUCCAUCAGCUGUUUGGUCGUCGUGGGAAACGGCAACGGAGCUGCAGGCUUUGCGUUGGGUAAAGCACCAGACAGAAACACAGCUCUGAGGAAGGCCAAGAACCGAGCGAUGCACUACCUGUACCACAUAGAGCUACACAACAACCACACCAUUUAUCACAACAUUGAGUCCAAGUUCAAGAAGACGACGCUGCACAUGAAGAAACAAAACGAAGGUUACGGCCUGCACUGUCACCGAGCCGUCAUCACUAUAUGCAAGCUGAUCGGCAUAAAGGACAUGUACUGCAAAGUGGAGGGAUCUGUUAAUCUCCUCAACAUCACCCGGGCCCUCUUCACUGGAUUAGCCAAUCAGAAACCCCACCAGGCUGUGGCGGACAAGAAGAAGCUCCACGUCGUGGAGUUCCAGGCGCAUCGGGGCCCGCUGCCUGUGGUGGUGGCGAGUCCCAAAGACGGAGCACGGCCCGACCCAGAGCCUGAGGACGAGAUCCCCAACACCAAGCUGAACUGGAACGACGUACGCGCCGCGCAGGGAACCAAACGCUCCAUCUGGACUGGAGUCAAGCGCACCAUCUGGUAGCACGGAAGUAAUCUGGAGCUCGGAGAGAGCUUUAGGAGACAUGAUUGGACUGAUGGAGGCCCGGAGUGUGAUGGAAUUUUUGUUAUUGAUCUCUGAAUGGAUUCAGUUUGUAAAUGUCUGUUUUCCGAACUGAGGACUAACAUAUAAAAAAAAGUUUCUCAGUAAAAGGCUGGCAGUUCUCCAGAUACACCCUGCGUAGGCCAAUAGUGACACAUUCUGUAACUUUAUCUGUAACUGUAUCUCCUACUUCCUGGUCCACGUGGACACGUUUCAAAAUACAAUGUACUACAGAAAUUAAAUAUAAAUCUGUCAAA